GGAUGAACCUUCGGGAUGCAGAAACAGGGAAAAUCCUCUGGCAAGGAACAGAAGAUCUGUCUGUACCUGGAGUGGAGCAUGAAGCUCGAGUUCCUAAAAAAAUCCUGAAAUGCAAAGCAGUGUCUCGGGAGUUAAACUUUUCCUCAGCAGAACAAAUGGAAAAAUUCCGCCUGGAACAGAAAGUUUAUUUCAAAGGGCAGUGUCUAGAAGAAUGGUUCUUUGAAUUCGGUUUUGUGAUUCCUAACUCCACAAACACUUGGCAGUCCUUGAUAGAGGCAGCACCUGAAUCACAGAUGAUGACAGCUAACGUUUUAACUGGUAAUGUUAUUAUAGAAACCAAAUUCUAUGAUGACGACCUUCUCGUAAGCACUUCCAGAGUGAGACUUUUCUACGUUUGAGAUGGGGCUUUUUGGAGCUGUUUUAGUUUUCCUCCAUACAGUUCUUGGUGCAGAACCCCCCGACUAUCCAGUGGAAGACACUCCCGUAGGCGGUGACCCUGGGGACCAGCUCAACGUGGGUUGUGACCUUUGCCCAUCAGUUAUUUUGCUUUCUCCUCUGCCAAGACCAGACCCUCAGAGACAGGACCAUCUGCUCAGCGAUGCACUGGGGAAUAGAGGCUGUCUCUGAACGCGGGCAAACGAUGGUCAUGCAGAACCAAUACUGUAAAUUACGUUAGUCUCAUCCUUUGUACUUCUCUGGAUCCUGGUAUCUUCUCCCAUUUCCACUCACACCAAACUCUCAAUGCGUUUCAUUUUUGGGGGAUUAAGUUAACCUUUUCAUUUUCAUCAUGCUGUAGGUUUUUAUCCUUUCACUGGAUUUCUGUGUAACUGGUCCACACAUCCUCUUACCCUGAACUUGUAAAAUAGACUGUGAUAUCACCCAAUGUAAUUAAAACAAAUUUCUCAAUAAAAACAUUCCUACCGUCCAAAGAAGGGAAAAA